AUGAACGAUCUUCUAUCCCGCUCGUUUUCCGCCGGUCGCAACGGUGAUAUUGAGAUGGGGAACGCCGCCGAUGCCGACGGUACGAACCUCGACAAGUUCUUUGAAGAUGUGGAGGCAAUCAAGGAGGAGCUCAAAGGUCUUGAGGUACUUCACGAUCAACUUCAAUCCUCGAACGAGGAGAGCAAAACCCUACACAACGCUAAAUCCAUCAAAACCCUACGAACGAAGAUGGACAACGACGUCGCUUUGUCUCUGAAGAAAGCGAAGCUCAUAAAAAACCGUCUAGAAGCCCUAGACCGUUCCAAUGCAUCCAACCGGAAUCUCCCCGGCUGUGGUCCGGGGACCUCCACCGACCGGACACGAACCUCCGUCGUCAACGGUCUCCGCAAGCAACUCCAGACGUCGAUGAAGUCCUUCAACGAGCUCCGUCAGAAAAUGACCGCCGAACACCGGGAAACCGUCCAGAGAAGGUACUACACCGUCACCGGCGAAAACGCGGAUGAAGCUACAGUCGAUAACCUAAUCUCAACAGGACAAAGCGAGACUUUUCUACAGAAGGCGAUUCAGGAGCAAGGAAGAGGACAGGUGAUGGAUACAGUGCUUGAAAUUCAGGAACGACACGACGCCGUUACAGUGAUCGAGAGAAACCUUAAGGAGCUUCAUCAGGUUUUCAUGGAUAUGGCAGUGCUUGUGGAACAUCAAGGAGCGCAACUCGAUAACAUCGAGGAUCAUGUGAACAGAGCAAACUCGUACGUGACUCGUGGAACUGUUCAAUUGAAUGAAGCCAGGAAGAAACAAAAGAACACACGAAAGUGGACUUGUUAUGCGAUCCUUCUGUUACUGAUUAUCAUUGCCAUCAUCGUCUUGUCCAUUAGACCAUGGAAGUAG